AUGAAGGUUCUCGGGGGCUCUGGCUUCAUUGCCUCUCACUGCUUAAAGACUUUACUUGCUAGAAACCAUACUGUGGUUACUACUGUUCGGAGCGCCGAAAAAGGUGAAAAGAUCAUCGCUGCUUAUCCGGAAUCUUCCAAGGGCCAGCUUUCCUACGUGGUUGUUCCUGACAUUGCCCAAGAACACGCGUUUGACCAAGCCAUCAUUUCGGACCCCCCAUUUGAUGCUAUUCUUCACACCGCAAGCCCAUUUCAUUUCAACUUCCAGGAACCCAAGGAGCUACUUGACCCUGCAAUCAAUGGCACGAAGGGAAUUUUACGCGCAAUCAAGGACAAAGCCCCUUCAGUGAAGCGAGUAGUCAUUACCUCUUCCUUUGCUGCUAUCGUUAGCCCAGGCGAACAUCCCGACGUGUACAGCGAGAGCCAAUGGAACACAGUCACCUACGAGGAAGGCAUUGAAUAUCGUGAAAAAACCUACCGUGCAAGCAAGGCACUCGCUGAGCGAGCUGCAUGGUCUUUCAUGGAAGAAGAGAAGCCCGGAUUUUCUCUUGCAACCAUAUGCCCUCCGUGGGUCUUUGGACCUCCAAUUCAUGCCCCUGAGUCCCAGGCAGCACUGAAUACAUCAAACGCUUAUUUUUUGAUGUUGAUGCAUGGAGGAUGGAAGGAAAAGUUGCCUCCAACUGGCACCUGGCUCUGGGUUGAUGUGCGAGACAUCGCUCUUGCUCACGUCAGAGCUAUGGAAGUUCCCGAGGCAGCUGGAAAGCGGUUCUUUACUACUGCUGGCCACUUUGAUAUGAAAGAAGUUGCAGAAAUUGCCAAGAAGAGAUUCCCUGAGUAUGCCGACAAACUUCCGACUGAGUUGGCGUCGGACAAGCCCAGCCGUCUUUAUGGCUUCGACAACAGCCGCUCGAAGGAAAUUCUUGGGCUAGAAUAUCUGUCACUGGAGAACUCUGUUGUCGACACAAUCAAGUUCCUACAGAGUCAUCAAAUUUGA